AUCAUGGUAUCAGACCUAACUCGACGCUUUUGUAGCAAAGAUUACCGUGUGUUCUGUGGAAUUGAGAAGUUGUUGUCCGAGUCAGUCUCGUUAUCGGCGCCAGAUCAGUCGCUUGUGAGUGAGAUAUUACACUUUUACACAGGUGACUUUGACAACACUCAGUUCACGUCUGAAAUAAGAGUAUUUUACAAUUAUUCUAAACUGCACUUUUCUAAAGACGUUGUGGAGACCGGCAACAUAGGUGCUCUUGCUCGUCAGUUUGUUUCUCUCCGUUGCACAGAAUUGUUUCCCCAAGUCUUCAAACUGUUCAAGUUGUUUCUCUGCAUUCCUGCUACAUCUUCAACUGCAGAGCGGUCGUUUUCUGCUCUAAGGCGACUAAAAUCAUGGCUGCGAACUAGGAUGGCUGACGAGCGCCUCCGGUCCCUUGCUCUGAUGUGCUUCGAAUGCGACAUUGCUAAGGAACUGGAGAGUAAUAUUGAUGAUCUUGUUUCACAAUUUGGUGCUCUUUGUGACAGACGUCUUCCUCUACAAUAGUUAGUAAACUUUUUGUAAUGUUGAUAUUAAAAAGAAUUUAAUAUAUAUGACGCCAUGAAUUACGUCACAUAUCUCAGCUUCAAAUUUGCGCCCCCCCACUUUUGGGACCCAUGUGAC